GCAUUCCGAAAUACCUAAUCAAAACAUUCAAGAUUAAAAAUUUUAAUAUUUGAAUGGAAAUAAUGAGAAAGUAUUAAAUACAUAGUGUUGGAUAAAAAAUGCUCAAAACAAUGUCGUUUUCAUCACGAAUGCCACUAUUCGCUCGUUUCAUGUGUAGAAAUAUCUUUGAGGAGAGCAUUGCUCCAUGCAGAUUCAGAAAAUACUCUACAAAAACUGAAAGAGUUUCCAGGGGAAUGUUUAGUAUAGGAUUGACUGGAAUUACAGUGGGAGCUUUAGUUGGAACCGGCUACUCAAUUCAUUAUAUGAAUAAGCCUAGAGGACACAUUAUCAAUGAGGAAACUACGAUACCAAUAUUCCAAGAUAUUCCGAAAAUUGAACCCAGUAAAUCUGUUAAAAUAUUAGGUGAUCGCAGUGGACUUGACCUCACCUUAUUUCAGUACCAAACAUGCCCCUUCUGUUGCAAAGUGAGAGCUUUCCUUGAUUAUUACGGAAUAUCAUAUGAUAUAGUAGAAGUCGAUCCUGUCUUGAGACAGUCGAUUAAAUGGUCUCCAUACAAAAAAGUUCCAAUAUUGGUCGCUAAAACUGAUCAAGGGUAUCAACCAAUGAAUGAUAGUACCAUGAUAAUAUCUGCACUUGCCACUUAUUUAACAGAUACAAACAAGGAUAUUCCAGAUAUAACUAAAUGUUUUCCAUCCAUUACUUUUAUCGAUGAUGACGGUGUGAAAAGAAACGAAAUUAUGAAUAGAUAUUUUUUGAUGUUGAGUAAUCAAUCAUCACAGUUGGUUGAUGAAAAAUAUAGCAAUGAAGAGAGGAAAUGGCGAAAAUGGGCAGAUAAUGUCCUUGUACACACCCUGUCUCCUAACGUCUAUCGAACUACAGACGAAGCUUUACAAGCAUUCAACUGGUUUUCCGAAAUAGGCGAAUGGGAACGAAAUUUCCCUACCUGGGAACGAUAUCUAAUAAUAUACGUAGGAGCCGCAGCUAUGUGGCUGAUUGGAAAACGUCUCAAAAAGAGGCAUGGUCUCAAAGAUGAUGUGAGGCAGUCAUUGUAUGAUGAAUGUAAUACCUGGACACGAGCCAUAACUGCAAAAGGGACGCCUUAUAUGGGAGGCGAUAAACCGAAUUUGGCGGAUUUGGCUGUUUACGGAGUACUUAGCAGUAUUGAGGGGUGUAGAACAUUCAAGGACAUAUUGGAAAAUACCAAGAUUCAGAGGUGGUAUAACAGUAUGCAAAAAGCUGUUACACAUCAUCAUGGUGCAAGAUUCGUUUAAAGUGAUUUUUACCGUUCAAUCAUUGACAUGUAUUAUAUCAUAAUUCGUUUAAAUAUAUUUAUUUCCUUAAUUGUU